GCGAGUGGUUCGCGUCUUGGUUAUGUUGUAAUAGAUUACAGCACAACACCGUCUAAUUUAUCAUGUGUAAUUUUCAAAUAUUAUCAUCGCCUUAUCAACCUUGGACUGUAACCCGGAGCACGACGGUCCGAAGCGCUACGGUGCAGUAAUGUCGACUCUCAGAGCCAACUAUUUUAGUCUAAAUUGAUUGCGUUGGUCCGUCCGUACCUAGUCAAGUGUUUUUACACUUCUAGUCCCGAUUCCGCAUUCGCAGCGGUUGUUUUUUUUUCUGUGACCGUGGCUGAGGGGUGUCUGACACCACUCACAAAAUAAAACCGCCAAAAUUCCGCGAUCAAUCUAUAAUUUUAGUGAUAGUGAUAGUGAGAUGAGCUAUAAGGACCGGGACUCGCCGAUAUUGCUCGAAAGUGGUUUAAAAUCGUUUUUAGGACAUCCAGGCCACAACUAUCCUUUGUUGAACGGAAAUAGUAAACCACCUCACUCGCACAGUCAUGGUCACACAACGAUCAAAGAUUUAGCAGGAAGUAUAUUAGGAGAUGAUAAAAAUAAAGACGAUGGGGAACUUUGGAAUACUGUUGAAGCACAAACAGCGUUUCUCGGUCCAAAUCUUUGGGAUAAGACUUAUGAAACGGACCUUAAGUACGUGGAUUUGGAUGAAUUCUUAUCAGAAAAUGGCGUAUCGAUGGACGGAUUGGGUACCCAUAGUUCUUUAGGUCCCUUAAACAGUUCUCAGUCAGUGCCCAAAAGAGAAAGAUCGCCCAGUCCGAGCGAUUGUAUGAGCCCGGAUACCAUGAACCCUCCCUCACCUGCCGACUCCAAUUUUUCUGAAGCUUUAUCUAUGGCUUCGAGUUGUCGAGACUUCGAUCCAAGGAAGAGAGUAAUUUCAGAUGAGGAUCUGAAACCACAACCACUUAUCAAAAAGUCCCGGAAACAAUUCGUUCCCGAUGACCUCAAAGAUGACAAAUACUGGGCGAGACGGAGGAAGAAUAACUUGGCAGCUAAGAGGUCGCGUGACGCCCGUCGGAUGAAGGAAAAUCAAAUCGCACUUCGAGCAGGAUACCUAGAAAAAGAGAAUGUAGGACUUCGCCAAGAAUUAGAACGUAUGAAGAAAGAAAAUUUAAUUUUAAAGAACAAAUUGUCAAAAUAUGAAGAUGUCUAAGUACCUGAAGGAGUUGGAUUUUUCUCCACGUAUUUCCUAAGAAGAUACAACCGUUGUUCAUCCACCAAAACUCGAAAACUACUUACUUCAGUGAAGAAUCAACUGUUCUUUAACGAGACAACCAAAACAUUUGUAUAUAAAACAUACACAUGUAGUCAUCAUGUAGCUGUUAAGUUUAUUACUUGUAGUAGAAAUUAAUGUUUGUUUCUAGAACAUUGUUACCGAAUGUAUACUUGGCUAAACCAUUUUUUUAUAUUAUAUAAGUACUUUAAAUUUUUUCACAAUGAUCAAGCAACAAUCCCAGUAAUAGUAUACUAUCAUUUUUUACGAAUAUUUUCCUUUGUAUAAAAUUGACCAUUCUAUUCAAUUGAAUAUUUGUUAGUUCAGAAACAACCCUGUAUUCUCGAUCAUAGUCUAAUCUCAGUAACUUUUCACUUUACUUUACUUUCCACUAUUGUGUAUUCUUCUAAGAAUAAAACAGUUUGUGUUAGUUUCUUCAUUAAAAACUCAUUAAAAUCACCUCACAACAACCGUUUAACAUGACGCUUUGUAUUAAGUUCUUUUCGACUUCUUUCAUAUUGUUAAAAAACGUGUUAUCUCAAAUUAUAACAACUUGUUUCACCUAAUCUACUCUGUGGUAGUAAACUGUAUAUUAUUAAUCAAUACACAACUUUUACUUUUGAUAUAAAUUGUCGAGAUCUGUUGCUUGGUACUACCAUUUCAGUUACCAAUCGUUUUUGUCUUUGUAUAUUUUUUUUUACAUUUGAUUUUUGUGUUUCUUGCACUGGUUUUUGAUCAUUAGACAUUCUAUAUUAGAAUCGACAUUUCGAAAAAAAAUAUUGAUGUUGCCAAGUAUUUUUCGACAGAACUAUUUUUUUGUUGAUUGUUUUUAUGUUUAUAGAGUCUAUUUUUGGUUGAAGUUAAUUUAGUAAAAUUUGGAAAUAAUUGUUGAAACACGAAGUAUUUAAAAAUUCUCCCGAACAAUAUUUAAGUUAGUAUGCUGAUUCUAAAACAAUGAAACUUGUACCAAAAUUGGUGUCAUUAGUUUGUUGGUAGUAUCGUCAGAAGUGUCAUAUCGAAUGUAAUUUAAGUUUAAACAUUAAUCAUACUAGUAGUAUCUAAUAAUAGUAUAAUUACCUUAAAGACAGCUGUAUCACGCAUGCUUUAACUCAUCAAUUCACAAUAAACUGAAAAAAGUUUUUCCGUCAACUUGCUGCAUUCCUCUCAAUAAUUGUAGGGGUCUAUCAAUCACGAAACCCAUAUUCUUCAAUAAUUUACUUGAUGCAGCUUAUUUAUACCCUGUUUAUUGUAUUUAUAGCCACUAUAAAAACUUCAACAACUUCCAGUCUUAUCGAAAAAUCUCCUUGCAUAUUACUUGAUUUGAUAAAUUGCACAAUAUAGAGGAAGGGCAGGUAACGUAAAUUUUAUUAACCCCAUGUUAUUACAAAAUAUCAGAUGAGAAAUAAUUUUUCUACAAAAAAUACAUAAAGCUGCAGCUCUAUCUUCACUAUCACUAUCUUUUUUUGCUGUUUUUGCAGCUUUCUUAUCGUUUUUUAUAACGUCUACGACCUCUACCUUCCUUUCUACAGCAUUCUCUUUUGGUUUUUUGUUUUUAUUACUUCUUUCAAGAAAUUCCUCUCUUUAUAGACUGUGGACGUCAGAACUCAGGUUUUUCCUUUUCGAUUCAAAUUUUGAUCACACUAUGGAAAUAGAUUUGCGAGUGGAAAAAAAGAAACAUUAGUAGACGUACCUGGUUGAAGCUCAGUAAUAUUUGUAGUCUGAAGUUUUUCUGGAAUCCUUUCUUUUGGAAACACAUAAUCUUUCGUUUUAUUUGUGCCUGGCCGAGGGUAGAAGUUUCUAGACCUGCGAAUGGAAAAGAUGAAACAUUAGUAGACGUACCUGGUUGGAACUCAGUAAUAUUUGUAGUCUGAAGUUUUUCUGGAAUCCUUUCCUUUGGAAAUACAUAAUCUUUCGUUUUAUUUGUGCCUGGCCGAGGGUAGAAGUUUCUAGACCUGCGAAUGGAAAAGAUGAAACAUUAGUAGACGUACCUGGUUGAAGCUCAGUAAUAUUUGUAGUCUGAAGUUUUUCUGGAAUCCUUUCUUUUGGAAACACAUAAUCUUUCGUUUUAUUUGUGCCUGGCCGAGGGUAGAAGUUUCUAGACCUGCGAAUGGAAAAGAUGAAACAUUAGUAGACGUACCUGGUUGAAGCUCAGUAAUAUUUGUAGUCUGAAGUUUUUCUGGAAUCCUUUCUUUUGGAAACACAUAAUCUUUCGUUUUAUUUGUGCCUGGCCGAGGGUAGAAGUUUCUAGACCUGCGAAUGGAAAAGAUGAAACAUUAGUAGACGUACCUGGUUGGAACUCAGUAAUAUUUGUAGUCUGAAGUUUUUCUGGAAUACUUUCCUUUGGAAAUACACAAUCUUUCGUUUUAUAUGUGGCUGGCCGAGGGUAGAAGUUUCUAGACCUGCGAGUGGAAAAGAUGAAACAUUUGUUUUAGAUGUAUCUUGUUGAAGCUCAGUAACGUUUGUAGUCUGAAAUUGUUCUGGAAUCCUUUCCUUUGGAAAUACAUAAUCUUUCGUUUUAUAUGUGGCUGGCCGAGGGUAGAAGUUUCUAGACCUGCGAGUGGAAAAGAUGAAACAUUUGUUUUAGAUGUAUCUUGUUGAAGCUCAGUAACGUUUGUAGUCUGAAAUUGUUCUGGAAUCCUUUCCUUUGGAAAUACAUAAUCUUUCGUUUUAUAUGUGGCUGGCCGAGGGUAGAAGUUUCUAGACCUGCGAGUGGAAAAGAUGAAACUUUAGUUUUAAAUGUAUCUUGUUGAAGCUCAGUAACGUUUGUAGUCUGAAAUUGUUCUGGAAUCCUUUCCUUUGGAAAUACAUAAUCUUUCGUUUUAUAUGUGGCUGGCCGAGGGUAGAAGUUUCUAGACCUGCGAGUGGAAAAGAUGAAACUUUAGUUUUAAAUGUAUCUUGUUAAAGCUCAGUAACGUUUGUAGUCUGAAAUUGUUCUGGAAUCCUUUCCUUUGGAAAUACAUAAUCUUUCGUUUUAUAUGUGGCUGGCCGAGGGUAGAAGUUUCUAGAUCUGCGAGUGGAAAAGAUGAAACUUUAGUUUUAAAUGUAUCUUGUUCAAGCUCAGUAAUGUUUGUAGUCUGAAGUUUUUCUGGAAUCCUUUCCUUUGGAAAUACACAAUCUUUCGUUUUAUAUGUGGCUGGCCGAGGGCAGAAGUUUCUAGACCUGCGAGUGGAAAAGAUGAAACAUUUGUUUUAGAUGUAUCUUGUUCAAGCUCAGUAAUGUUUGUAGUCUGAAGUUUUUCUGGAAUCCUUUCCUUUGGAAAUACACAAUCUUUCGUUUUAUAUGUGGCUGGCCGAGGGUAGAAGUUUCUAGAUCUGCGAGUGGAAAAGAUGAAACUUUAGUUUUAAAUGUAUCUUGUUCAAGCUCAGUAAUGUUUGUAGUCUGAAGUUUUUCUGGAAUCCUUUCCUUUGGAAAUACACAAUCUUUCGUUUUAUAUGUGGCUGGCCGAGGGUAGAAGUUUCUAGACCUGCGAGUGGAAAAGAUGAAACAUUUGUUUUAGAUGUAUCUUGUUCAAGCUCAGUAAUGUUUGUAGUCUGAAGUUUUUCUGGAAUCCUUUCCUUUGGAAAUACACAAUCUUUCGUUUUAUAUGUGGCUGGCCGAGGGUAGAAGUUUCUAGACCUGCGAGUGGAAAAGAUGAAACAUUUGUUUUAGAUGUAUCUUGUUCAAGCUCAGUAAUGUUUGUAGUCUGAAGUUUUUCUGGAAUCCUUUCCUUUGGAAAUACACAAUCUUUCGUUUUAUAUGUGGCUGGCCGAGGGUAGAAGUUUCUAGAUCUGCGAGUGGAAAAGAUGAAACUUUAGUUUUAAAUGUAUCUUGUUCAAGCUCAGUAAUGUUUGUAGUCUGAAGUUUUUCUGGAAUCCUUUCCUUUGGAAAUACACAAUCUUUCGUUUUAUAUGUGGCUGGCCGAGGGUAGAAGUUUCUAGACCUGCGAGUGGAAAAGAUGAAACAUUUGUUUUAGAUGUAUCUUGUUCAAGCUCAGUAAUGUUUGUAGUCUGAAGUUUUUCUGGAAUCCUUUCCUUUGGAAAUACACAAUCUUUCGUUUUAUAUGUGGCUGGCCGAGGGUAGAAGUUUCUAGACCUGCGAGUGGAAAAGAUGAAACAUUUGUUUUAGAUGUAUCUUAUUGAAGCUCAGUAACGUUUGUAGUCUGAAAUUGUUCUGGAAUCCUUUCCUUUGGAAAUACAUAAUGUUUCGUUUUAUAUCUGUCUAGCUGAGGGUAGGAGUGGUUUCCUUUCUGUGUCUAUAAUCUGAAAUUGUUCGUGUGAAGAAGCAGGGUCCUUAUUUUUGUAAGAGAGUUCGGAAGCAGUAAUUGACAUGACUAAAUUUUUCUCCGGAGUCCUUUCUAUUAUUUUAAUUGGUUUUGCAGUCGUCGGUGACACAGAUUGAUCGAUAUCAUUAUUAUUAUUCAAUCGAAGUAACUGAUGCUCAAUUGGGACGUCUUUGUUAUUUUGGCCAAGAACAUAAAUUAUUUCCAUAUGAUAAUAUGUCACCUUAAGCUUAAGACUGUAUAAGUCUCGAAGAUUACAUUAGAAAUUACAAUCAAGUCGAUCUAAUGUGAUUUACAAUUUUGCCACUCACUCCGAUUUACCUGCCUUUCCUUUACUUCCGAAGCUUUUCAGAAUAAAUGAGUUUCCUCAACUGAGAGUUGUUAGAAUAUCCAUUCAAUUGAUUUUUUUACAUAAAUCAUUUGCUCAAAAGUCUCUCAAUUUCAUAAGUUGCUGCUAUUCUGCACUUUUUUAUUUCUAAUACUUGAAGUCUGCCAACUCCUACUUUUGAUUUAGUGUUUCUACUAACUUCCUUUUAAUCCAGAAGUGUCAUCAUGAUAUCAGAAUCAGACGCAACUCAAUUAUAAAUUAGGACGGGGAUUUGUUCAAUUAAAUAUAUGGAAUAUAACUGACUUAGUUGUUUCGAGGAUUAUUUCUGAUUCCGAUCUAGUAGUAUUUCUAAGUAACAUAGUAAAGUUGUAGUAUGCUCACAAAUGUGCAGUGAUAGAAGCGGUAGCACUUUUUUAGCUACUUAUUUUCUAUUUAUAGAGAAACUAAUAACGAACAUCUUACAGAAUAAUAACAAGAGAAACAACAAUAAAACCUACCUUAUAUAAUAUUGUAUAUUGUUCGUUGUUGGAUAUUGUUAUAAAGUUCGCAAAAAGUGAGUUAUAAUAUUAAAAAGAUAUGAUAUUUCAGAUCUCGUGGAAUACAUGUUAUUUAUUAGAUCUUUAAAUGAAGUGCUAACUUUGGAAAUAUCAAUUAAAGAGCUAUCAAUUGUUAAUUUAUUGUAUUUGUUUUUACCAUCGACACCCUUAUACGCUCUCUCUAGUCUUAAUUAUUGACUAUUUUCCCGCGCACCUUCACUUUUAUACUCAACACCGACGACAAUAGAUUAUGAAGCAUUUUGAACGUCGGAGUAACUAAUAACAAAUGGAAAAACACAAAAAAUAAUGCACAAUCUUUAAAAGAGGUUAUGUGACAAUUUUUAAGUCAUUGAAUUUUUCAGCGGAACGUUUUAACCAAUUUACAUUCAAGUAAAAUAAAAAUGUCGAUAGUAAGAUUUGGUGAAACAUCACAAGAAUACCAAGAAAAUCAUGGCUUAGAGCGUCAAAUGAGGUCAUGUGGUAUAAUUUAGACUGGAGCGAUAUCUCAAAUUAAUGCAGCGUUAAAUAUAAGAGCGUCAAGUUUCAAAACGCUUAAAAAAAGCACUAAAACAUACCUCUAUCAAUAUAUGGUUUUUUCCAUAAUUGUUUGAUUAAAUUUUCGUCUUAAAUUGGCGAUUUAUUCUAAAGGAUGAAUAUAUAUUGUAUCGUUAAAGUUAUUUAUUAAAUAUUCACCUCGUAGUUAAUUAUACUUUUCAAAACAUUAGUAAACACCAGAUAAUGUAGAUUCAGGUUUUUUGCUAUAAUAUCCGAUUUAGAAAGCUAAACAAUGUUUAAUGCUAAAGCUGAAUUAAUUUAUAAUGUCAAAAUGUCAAAAUUAUACCAUGUUACCUCAAUUGAAGCUCUAAGAUAGCGUCAAGCGCUAACAUGAAAUUACACCUUUAGAAUUUGUGUUAUAGAAUUAAGAACUAGAAUGUGGAAGCAGAUUGAUUAGCUAUAAGCUCGACUCUUCAUCAACACCAUCUUGAGAAUCAAUUGAAUAUCUUGUUAACGAAAUUACAAAUACCUCCAAUUAUGUUAAUAAACUGUUAUUUAUUUCAUAAUUCUGAAAAUGCAGAUGCCAUCAGAUAAUUAUUAAUGCACGCACACUUGAGGAGGACUAUUUUAUUGAAUGAAUGCAAUACGAGAUGUGGCUAUAAAAUAACGAAAAGAUAUUUGAUUUUGAUAUUAAGUAAAUUUAAUUAUCAUUACUUUUAAUAUAUACCCUUACUCUAUCCCUACAUCGCUUCAUGCUAAUCUUCUAUUGUUCGAAACAGCGCUGGUCCUUCAGGACGCUCGCUGCUUUUUCUUUCCCAGCUUCAACAUACUCCUUUCAAUGCAGAUUUGAUUCGUCACACGUUAUUAUCGUUUCUAAUAAGUUUGAGACAUUUCCAAUCGCUUUUAAAGUGUCGAUACAGAUAAUUUUACGAGCUUCUUUUUAAUGUGAGGAUUUUAGACACCAGUUUUGCACAAACUUAUCGCAUGUAAAAAUUUUCAUGUAAAAUUUGCAGCACACAUUCUUAUCAAUUCCCAUAGAUUCAAAAAUCGCCCGAAUACUUAGCCGACUUUCAGAUCUAAUGAGAUUACCGACUUUUUCGAUAUUAUCAUUCGUUUUUGACGUGGAAAGGCGACCCAAACGUAAAUCAUCUUCAACAUCUCGGUCAUUUUGAAAAUGUUUAAAAACGUUCAUAGUCAUAUAGUUGUUUCAAUAAAUUAUAAGUUUCUGUUACAGUUUUAUGUGGCUUGAUGAUAUGUCCAAUAUAUAUUCAAAAUUAUACCUCACUAAUGAAGACUACCAAAAUGAAUCUAAUACCAGCUACUAUUUCCAAAGUUCUUUUUAAUUUUAUUUUAGGACAAAAUAUCAUUUUGAGCGAUUAAAUAUUUUCGUACCCCAGUUACCAUAUUUAUAAUUGAUAUCUCGCUUUUUAUGAACAUGUAAUUUUUGAUAUUCAUUUUUCACUACAAGAUUAUUUAAAUGUUAGAUAAGUAUCGACUGCAGUGAUAGAUUUAUUUUUUGAUGUAUUAGUUUGAUGAUGCAUAGAUUAUGGCCUGUUUUUAUUUUUUGUUAAGUGUCUGUAGAAAAGUAGAUAAUAUAUACUUUUAGAAUGAAACUUAUAUUAUUUUGUAGUGAAACCAUUGUUGUUAAUGUUGAUAUUACAAACGUGAGUAACGUUAUUUCUGAAAUUUCUUUUAAAAAUACCCAUUGUUCAUAUAUUGUUUUAUAAAAUUAAAAAAUUAUAUAUAAUUAAAUAUUAUACAAUUAUAUUUUGAGUUUGUUGUACUCGCUACAAUUUGAUUAGUUACAGUUCGAUAAUCAAAUUUAACAUGGUUUAAAAUUAAGAGGUUAUGUUUUUCAUUAUAAUUAUCCAAAUUUCAAAUUAGACUUCAUAAAACUUGUCUCCAAUCUUAACUGAUUUAUAAAACAAAAUUAAACUUUCCUGCUCUUAGUUCCAAAAACUAUUUUCAUUCACUUAUCAUCUGUCCUUAACAACAAUCAUUUACAUAUUUCUUUUUUAAAAUUUCAAACUAUCUAAUAGUGCUAAGAAACUGAACUAAAUAAAGUUAUUGCCUGUUUUCUCUGGUUUAUUAUAGGUGUUACCACAGAUGCAUAAAAAGCAUUUCUUUCAUGCCAAUAUCAUAAAUCUACAUUUUCAAGAUUUGUAUUUAUAAGAAUUUUUGCAUUAACCAAAAAAGUAUUUUUAAUAAGAAUUUCCGAAAAAACGUUUAUUUGUUUAAGACGUAAUGAGGUUGAUUUACGAAUAUAAAGAUGGUUGUCAGUGAUUUCACACAGUGAUAUAUGUGUUACAAAUAUAUGAUGUUACCAUAUAAUAUUAAGAAAUGUCAAGAUCACAAGAACACCUGCAGAAAUACUACUGCUUCACUGAAAAUAUAUUUGCAGGUUUAUGUUGAAACAACAUAUUUGUAAUGUCUUGAAAAAGUCACCUUGAUUUCGAAAAAAGAACGUCUCAGUUAGUAUGGUAUCAAUUUAGGAAAAUCGAUUCUAUUUAAUAACUUCUAACACUAAUCGUCAAUUGAAAGUAAGUUAACGUAUAGUUUUAUCGACCCCUUUAUACUUUUUCUAAUAAUUUCAACAUUAUUUCAUAAUAAAUACCGUAAAAUUGUGGCUUAUUUUAAAUCUUUUCCAUCAAGUUUUCCAAUUUGAUUUGUUAUUAUUAUAUAUAGGUGAAGUGGUGACUUUUUCAAAAUAGCGAUUUAUCUGCAAUUUUCAGCAGUGCAGUAUCAGAUUCUUGAUUGAGUAAAAUAUCGAGAACUGCCUUAAAGGCAUGCCUUAUAAACUUUGAAUUUCUAACUUUUAUAUUUGUUGAAAAUAUUAAACUGCUGCGGUGUUUUUAUUGAGGCUGAAUUUAUGUUCAGUGAUGGAAAAAUUUUUACAUAUUUACAAAAUGUUACUGUUGAAUAUACAUUAUAUUUAUGAAUAUAAUUUUACAUUAAAAAUGUAUGUGAAGGCCUCAAUGUUAACCAUUUUGAAAAAUAUUUUGAAUUUUAUAGGAUGGCGCAGUUUUUUUGCAUAUACACAAGUGAUGCAUAUUUAGUAGGAUGAAUUCUUGUGUAGAUGAUAUAACAAAUAAUUUUAAACCUGUAAUUGCUAUUGUGAGCAUUAAAUGAUAAAACAAUC